CCUAAACAGUCAUGAAUCUCAUGGCAACCAAGUUGUUUCAGUAUUUAAGGUAAUCAUGGCAGCAUCACAGCAACCCUUCCAGAGUGCGACUCAGAGACAGAGACAGAGAGUUCUACACAUUCAAGUACUCCUUUUUACCCCUAAUUGUCAAGGAAUUAAGGCGGGAACUAGAAGUCGACAAUGGUCUCGAAAAGUAAUGUUAGCUUUCACGAAGUGAAACUCAUGACAAAGCCUCGAGGACAAGGUGAAACUGUUUAUCAUGAUGAUGCAAUUCAGCAUAGAAGGAGAUUUGUCAGUGCCACUCGAGACUUCCCAAUAGGGUGUGGUCCAGUAGGAAAAUUUCCUUCCCCGGCACUGAAAGGCCUAGCUCAAUCAGAGUUGCAUGCCUCGGCAUAUGAGUUAGAUUCAGAUGAAGAAUUGAUGGUUUCUGGUAAAGGCUUGGCAUAUGAUUCAGAUUCAGACUCCGAUGAGUCAGUGAUUUCUGUUGAUGAGAAGGCGGGGCAUAAAUUGACUGCAAAGGCGCAAGGCUCAGCAUAUGAUUCAAAACCUGAGUUCGUGGUUUGUUGUGGUGAGAAGGGCGGGCUUGAAUUAACUGCAAAGGUAGAAUCAACUGGAGAAAAUUUGCAAAAGGCCCGAAACACCUCAGAAUUACAAGCAGGGUUCUUACCUAAAGUCUAUCCAUUGCCUAGAAAAAUAUCAGCAACUAGAUUUUUCCCUCCCGGAUGUGGAACAUACACUACCAAGAGUUAUUAGUUCACUGGACAGCCAGAAGUUUCAUUUUCGAAG